GCCGCUUGCGGUCUGUGGCAGGCUUCUAUUCGUACGCGGCGAAACGUUCCGCACGCGCCGCUUGCGGUCUGUGGCAGGCUAAAAACCGAAAAUAAAGUAUAAAUACCACGAUAAAUAUCACCACAAUCAAGCAUAAAAGCUCGAGAGAGUAAAAUCUAGUUAUACGAUCGCUAGCUUGUGGUUUGUGUAAAGUGAAUUUGCGCCUCCAGCCUUCGCGAUGCACUAUUUGCGGACUUUCGCGUGCGGAUUCGCACGUACGACGGUCAGCAGCGCGGGUCUUUCGUCACGUAGCGCCACCGCACGAUCGUUCUGCUCGCAGAUCGAACCGAAACCUACACCCAAACCGACGGCCACUGGAAAUGGAUCGACAAUCAGUGCACACACGCACGCUCCAAACAAUCUGGAAAAGCGGAUGUUGGUGUUUACGAAGCGAUACAAAUCCAUCGAUGAAGUUCCUAAUUUUGUGAGCCAGGAAAAGAUGGAACGGGUGCGAAAUCAGGUGCGCAUCAAAGUAGCCAACUACAUGAUGAUCGCUACCGCGAUCGGAUGCAUCAUUAUGGUGAUCAGUGGAAAGAAGGCCCAGGAACGUGGUGAGACGGUGUCCCAGAUGAACCUCGAUUGGCACAAGGAGUACAAUGAGAAGGCACAAGCCGAGUACGAGGCUGCGCAGGCGGCACAGGCGAAAAAGUAAUCCGCCAGCACGUCGUUUCGGAAUAUUGUUUUGAAUUGAUAGCUUCGUUUUAAUGUGAAUUGUUGUGUUGGGCAACUAGUACCAUAGCUUCUGCUGUAUUCUCGUGUAAAUACAUAACGUACUCUCUCACCUGUUA